GCUAUGGGCGAGGCGUCCUUCCGAAUGCGGGAGGCCAGGGUCUGGGGUUAGUAGCAGUCUCCGCCCAUUCGAGGCAGCCGUGAGGACCCUUGGCCUUGCUUGAGGGAGAAUGAGUUCAUCCUGGACAACGAAGCAGAAUAAGCUGUUUGAGAGGGCACUGGCAACAUAUGACAGGGAUACGCCAGACCGCUGGCAGAAUGUGGCACGGGCGGUUGGUGGUGGAAAGACUGCUGAUGAGGUGAAGAGGCACUAUGAAGAGCUGCUCAAGGACCUGCAUCACAUUGAAUCUGCAGGAAACCAUCAAGGAUCCAGUGGUAGCAGCAGUUCUUGGGGCAAUGCCAACGAGGACCAGAGGAGGUACCACAACUUUCAGUGAAUGCGACAUUGACAUCUUGAAAGCUGAAAGCAGCCUGAGUUCUAGCAAGACCGAAACAUUAUCGACUCCUUGAAGAUGCUACCUUCUAUAUUUCGUUAUGCGCUUGCGUGGAUCAGAACUGGCCAUAAUAGACCAGUAGUUAUUAGUAACAUAGUAUCAAUAGAGCUACGACUGGUUUACCGAAUUGUUGUAUUCAUAUAUCUGAAGAUGCCAAAUAGUAUUAUAUUAUCUAUCUGAUAUUCUUUUUUAGUUCUGUGACGGAAAGUUCAUAUAUUAUUAGUAUCAUCUUAAGUGUGCACGUUGUCUUCACGGACUCCCAAUGUG